UCCACGGCUAGGGCGCCCGGGCUCGCCUCGGGGCUCGGGGCCUCAGAGCCUGUGCGGGAGAGGGCACUCCGCAGCGGGGGCGGCGCGGGAUGGAGGAUGCGGGAGGCCCCGGUGGAGGCUGGGCCACACCCCGUCCGCUUCCCUAACACUGACCCUACUCCUAAGCGCUGCUCCGCCGUCCGGGAUCCCAGUCCCGGGCCCUGCCCUCCGCGGGCUGACCUCAGGCACGCGCCUCGACACAGUGACCGCCUCCUGGGCCCGAGCACAGGGGUCUGCACACGUGUAGCACAGCCAUGUUUUCGGAGCAGGCUGCCCAGAGGGCCCACACUCUCCUCUCCCCACCAUCAGCCAGCAAUGCCACCUUUGCCCGUGUGCCCGUGUCCACGUACACCAACUCCUCCCAGCCCUUCAGGCUCGGGGAGCGCAGCUUCAGCCGGCAGUACGCCCACAUUUAUGCUACCCGCCUCCUCCAAAUGAGGCCCUUCCUGGUGAGCCGGGCCGAGCAGCACUGGGGUGAUGGAGUCCAGGUAAAGAAGCUGUGUGAGCUGCAGCCUGGGGAGAAGUGCUGUGUGGUGGGGACCCUCUUCAAGGCCAUGCCGCUCCAGCCCUCCAUCCUCCGGGAGAUCAGCGAAGAGCACAACCUGCUCCCCCAGCCUCCUCGGAGCAAGUACAUCCACCCCGAUGACGAGCUGAUCUUGGAAGACGAAUUGCAGCGCAUCAAACUAGAAGGCAGCAUUGACGCAUCAAAGCUGGUCACAGGGACAGUGCUGGCCGUGCUCGGCUCUGCGAGAGACAGCGGGAAGUUCCUGGUGGAGGACCACUGCUUUGCAGAGCUGGCUCCUCAGAAGCCCGCACCCCCCCUUGACACAGACAGGUUUGUGCUGCUGGUGUCUGGUCUGGGCCUGGGUGGAGGCGGGGGCGAGAGCCUGCUGGGCACCCAGCUGCUGGUGGACGUGGUGACAGGGCAGCUGGGGGACGAGGGGGAGCAGUGCAGCGCUGCCCACGUGUCCCGGGUCAUCCUCGCUGGGAACCUCCUGAGCUACAACACCCAGAGCAGAGAUUCCAUCAACAAGGCCAAGUACUUAACCAAGAAAACCCAGGCAGCCAGCGUGGAGGCGGUCAAAAUGCUGGAUGAGAUCCUCCUGCAGCUGAGCGCGUCGGUACCCGUGGACGUGAUGCCAGGCGAAUUUGACCCAACCAACUACACGCUCCCCCAGCAACCCCUGCACCCCUGCAUGUUCCCACUGGCCACUGCCUACUCCACCCUCCAGCUGGUCACCAAUCCCUACCAAGCCACCAUCGAUGGAGUCAGAUUCCUGGGAACAUCAGGACAAAAUGUGAGUGACAUUUUCCGGUACAGUAGCAUGGAGGAUCACUUGGAGAUCCUGGAGUGGACCCUGCGCGUCCGUCACAUCAGCCCCACAGCCCCUGACACGCUAGGUUGCUACCCUUUCUAUAAGACCGACCCAUUCAUCUUCCCGGAGUGCCCUCACGUCUACUUUUGCGGGAACACCCCCAAGUUUGGCUCUAAAAUCUUCCUAGGCCCAGAGGACCAGAGGGUGCUGUUGGUGGCCGUCCCCGACUUCAGCACCACACAGACCGCCUGCCUUGUGAAUCUGCGUACCCUGGCCUGCCAGCCCAUCAGCUUCUCGGGCUUUGGGGCAGAGGACGAGGACCUGGGGGGCUUGGGUCUGGGCCCCUGAUUGACAGAAACCCCAGCUAUCCGUUCUGUGCAACACUGACCCUGCAGCAGCAUUUGCUUUAUAAUAAAAGCCUGAUGGGGGCGCCUGGUGGCUCAGUCCAUUGAGCAUCUGACUCUCGAUUUCGGCUCAGGUCCUGAU